GUUUUCAAAUCAAGCUAAGCUAGAGCUAACCAUGGCAGCUGUACGAGCUCAAAACGAUGGCGUCCGCGGCCGGAGGAAGUCAUCGUCGAGAGGGCACCAUAGGUUUGUGGGAGUGAGGCAGAGGCCGUCGGGAAGAUGGGUGGCCGAGAUCAAAGACUCGUUGCAAAAGGUCAGGCUUUGGCUUGGCACUUUCGAUACUGCUGAGGAUGCUGCUAGGGCUUAUGAUGACGCUGCGCGGACUUUGCGCGGUGCAAAUGCCCGCACCAAUUUCGAACUGCCUCAAUCGAAUGGUGCGGGCGUGGGAGAUUCGGGGAUGGAAAAUGUGGAACCGUUUUCGUUUGAGGAUGUUUGUGGCAAUGGAGCUGAAGAAGAUGGCUUGCUUGGUGCGCUCAAGGCCAAGUUGCUUGAUGGCAAGGGAUUUAGUCGGGUGCAAGAGAAGAUUGAUUCGUCUCCUCUAGUUGUGCCACGUGGCGGUGGGUUUGGAUUUGCAAACCCUCCGAAUCAGCAGGGUUCAUAUAUAGCAGGGUCCUCAAAGGAAAAAAAUUUUAGUCACACUCGGUGUAUACAACCUCACUCUCACAAAAAUGAUCACGUGACAGGCCACGACGUGGUAUUUGAUAUCAGUGACCAGACAGAGGUGGCCGUGUCCGGUCACGUUGCAUCGAACCCGGGCAUGGUGUGGACCAAUGAACCUCCAGCAUAUGAAUUGACUUGGUCCAACACACUUCCUAUGCCUACAUGGCCGGUACCAACUGAUCAGUCAAUUGUGAGUAUGUCAUAUACAGAUCAGUGUUCGAUGGAGUUGCCAACAACAAGUAGAGAUCAUGGUAAAGUGACCGCCGUAGGCUUGACGCAGCAGCUGUCACAGAUCGAAGGAGCAAUGGGAGGUGGUGCUUGGUCUGCAGAUCAGCAAUAUAUGCACUGUGACAACAAUUGGGCAGCUGCUGCUAACGGCACUUGGGAAUCCCAAGGCCUCUUCUAUCAGCCCUCUGUUUCUGGGGUGAUUUGAUCUAAAAUAAAUCAGUUAAUUACAACUUAUAGUUGGUCCCCUCUGUGCUAUUCUUGAUUUCUGGGUUCUUUCGUUUUUAUAUUAUUAACCUUAGUUCAUCAAAGGCUAAUCAUUAAUUCUUGGGAAAAUUUCACAAACAGUACCUGAACUUUCAGUCACUAAUAACUUUCGUACCUCAAGUUCAAAAAAUAUCAGAUUGGUACCUGAACUUUUAACCCCGACCCAAUAUUGGUACCUGAGAACAGUAAAAUCGUUAACGGGGUUAACUUUUCAAGGGUAGCAUCGUCAUUUUACUGUUCAUCUUCUCCAAACAAAACGAACCAGCUGAACAACUCCCCUCCUUCUUCUUCUUCCUCCUCCUCUGAAAAAAGCCACCAUUAACAAAGACUCAACCUUUAAAACCAACCCACCAUUACCAAAGACUCAACCUUUACAUCACACCCAACACCCAAAGACUCAACCUUUAUGUAGUUUCCACACCUCACGAUGCGCCCAAUCCCUGUGACCCUCAUCUGCCCAGCCACCGCAGCCCCACUGCACCCGCUUCCUCGUCCCACUUGUCGGCGCCGCCACCACCACCGUCUUCUCCCUCCUCCUCUUCCUCCUCGUCUGCUUAUGCAAAAUCACCCGCAAACACACCGCCCCUGAAGCCGACUCCAAGCCCCCCACCGCUUCUCCUACUCCCUCCUCCGACGUGCCACCAACUCCUUCUUCCCCAUGCGCCGCCUCGACCAAGGCGGCUCCGGCUCCGUUUUCUUCAGAACGCUCCCCCACACAAGCCAGGACGUCGGCGUCAGGCUCAUAGACUCCGGUUCUCUCUAGGGCGAGUGUGAGUUCCAGAACGAGCUCUUCUUCGCCUCCAUGCUCGACUCCCGACAAGUCAUCUCGGUGCUCGGAUUCUCCUCCGAUCGAAAACGGCGUCGUAUGCUACUGGUUUACGAGAUUGGGAAUGAGAGGCCCACGGCUGCUUCGAGUAGUGAAAUGGAAGAAGAAGAAGAAGAAGAAUAAGAAGAGGAAUAGGAAGAGAUUGGAUUGGUAGAUGUCAAUGGAAGAGAGUGGGAAAGUUUUGAGUACGGAGAAGAGGAGGCCUGCCAGGGAAUGGUGGAAGGAGGAGUAUUGUGAUGAGCUGACGAAGAAGAUAGGAGUGGUGUUACUGAAGAAGAAGAUAAUAAAAAAUCUGGGAUUGCAGAGAGAUAGGAGAGAGCUUUUGGAGAAGAUGAACAGUAAAAUGACGAAGCUACCCUUGAAAAGUUAACCCCGUUAACGAUUUUACUGUUCUCAGGUACCAAUAUUGGGUCGGGGUUAAAAGUUCAGGUACCAAUCUGAUAUUUUUUGAACUUGAGGUACGAAAGUUAUUAGUGGCCGAAAGUUCAGGUACUGUUUGUGAGAUUUUCCCUUAAUUCUUUAAUGUGUGCUCCCAAAUAAGCUAUCACACGUACUGUUUGUGUUCCAGUAACGAAUGAUCAUGAGAAGUAGAGAAAAUAAUUCGCUUCUUAUACGUGUAUAUAUAUCUAUGUUCUAGUCAAAUUUUAACAUCUAUAUAGUAUUCCUGGGUUGCAAGAA